AUGCUGGCUCAAUUCUAUGCUGCCAUUCUAUGCUUCGCGUCUAUCUCCUUUGCCCACUCUUGGGUUGAAGAUAUCUCGAGUUUGGAUGAAGAUGGAAACAUCGCCGGAGAUCCGGGAUAUCCCCGAGGGUUUGUCCCUCGAGUUAUUCCAGUGGGCUCUGGCUUUUGGCCAAACGAUGACUUCAAUGAUUUCACCAUGCAAUAUCUCAUCCCUCCGAACGACCGUGAGGACAGGGCAAUCUAUCUGACGGAUCGUAUCUGCAAAUCGACUCAGCAGACUGCUAACCAGACUGAUGGAUACCCCGUGUUGCAGGCCAAGUCCGGAAGCACCAUACUUCUGAGGUACCAGGAGAAUGGUCAUGUGACGCUCCUCGGCAACUCUACCAAUAGGAGAUCAUCUGGCCACAUCUGGGUCUACGGCACGGCCGAUCCUGCUGAUGAUGAUACGCUUAUGGCCAUACACGGCAGGUGGAGCGAGGAUGGGACGGGCGGCGACCACAGGGGUGCUCUCUUGACGGAUGCGCCAUUCGACGAUGGGAAGUGCUAUCAGACGAACACGAGCGAAGAGUCAAAGAGGCGUCGGCUGCUGCCGCAGCGGUCCCACACAACGCUCGAAGGAGCAGAUCUCUGGUGCGGGACGGAGGUUCCACUACCUGAUUUGGAUUCGGGCACCCAGUACGCGCUUUACUGGGUCUGGAGCUUCCCUACGCAGUUUAGCGACGGGCGAUCGAUACCAGAAAUCUACACCACCUGUAUUGACGUGGCGAUAGUUUGA